AAGAUACUGGUUAUAUGUAUCAGUUGCCGUACGCAGCAUUGCAGGUCCAUAUGCUUGUGGCGGGGUCACAGUCAUUCUCAAGGGCCCCGGUAGCAGAAGUUGGAACAGGAUGGUGCGAUGUAGUCACGUGUGUGCAUGUGACGUAAGACAUCUGGAGAGCCUCACCAAUGCAGAAGGAGGAGCGCGCCGCCCCCGCUGUCCCUCCCAGAACCAUCGAUCGCACCGGGCAGGGCUGCGGCCAGCAUUAUGGCGGAAUGUGCAAAAUCGGAGACCAACAUUGGCGGAGCUGCGAUACACACUCCUUGAUUGAAUGACUUGAAAUCUUGUGGAGAGCAUGACAAACACAAAACUUACAAGAAGGGCUGGGGAAAACAACAAGAAGUGAGGCCAUGGCAGACGGCAGGACGUUUGUUUGUGGUUUGGUUUUUCGCUUGAUUCUUCCCAUCUUCCUGUUGGCAGCAUGUGUGUUCCGGUUCAAUGGACUGUCCCUGGUGUACGCAUGCUGCCUUCUCCUCCUGCCACACCUGGACACGCCUUCUGUCCAGUCCAUGAAAGGGCACACGGGUCGGUACCUGCUGUUUGUGCUGGGCUGCAGUGUGUUAUUCUGUGCUGGCCAUCUCAUCACGCAAGUUGUCCUGUUGGCCACCCCUCCUUAUGGACACAUCUUGGGGGAAGCAUGUGAAAGUGGAGAGAAGGUGGCUAGACAGCUGGGAUUCCAGAGGUUUGACCAGACACCAUUCCCAAAUAUCGUCAGGUUGAUUUUCCCCGACAUCGCUGUUGCUUCCUUCCUCGCCAUGUUUUUCCUGUACAGUCGUAAUCUAGAACGAGAUCAGAGCCAGCAGCUCCCACACAGCCAGUCUGACCUGCAUUCCUCCAACUUCUAUAGCAAAUUCCGCCCCCCUAAGCUGAACUUCAGCCUCCUGAUGUACGUGGAGAAACCCCUGGUGAUCAUCCUGACAGCUGCAGCAGGCAUCACUCACCCCUCCUUCAUCAGUCUCAUGUACUUUGCAAUCUUCCUUGGACUAGCGACAUGGUGGUCGUGCUAUCGUGUGAUUGGGCAGUGGUUUGAAUACUUGCGGGCAGCUCUAGUUGGAUACAGUGGGACGCACCUCCUGCUUCUUUACCUGUACCAGUUUCAGUUCAUGCAGUCUGAACUGGAUCCAACCAGCUUCACAUCAAGGUUUCUAGGUUUGACUGGGAUUAUUCACUACAACUGUGAUGACCCGCUGCACCUGGAGCUGCACUCUGAUGUGGACUGGCCUGUCAUGCUCUCCCCAGCCUUCAUUCUGGCUCUGUACUGGGUCUGUGUGACGGAGAUACGCCAAGCUAGCAAAUGGAAAGAAACAGUUGUGGAAGCUGGCACCCCACAAACAUGGCUACGAAGGACUCUGUCUAAAAGAACUGCUGGGAACACAAUAAGGAGGCCAUCUGCCAUGAAACCAGAAGAUGAAAGGGUGGCUCUUGUAGUUCCGGAAGACUAUGGAGAGUCUAACGAAGUUGCGAUAGAGGCAGGUGGACUGAUUGCCCAUGAGAUAAAUGACAUACCAGAGAACAAGGUGGGCACUAUUCACGAGGAGAUCCACCGUCAAAGGAAGGAGGAAACUUUCCAGCUAGAACAGAAGGAAGAAAGUGGCACUCAUGAUAAAGACCUGGACUCCUUCCGAACACCAUUAAUGACAAUGUUUGUCUUCAUCAUGAAGCAGAGCUACAUUGCAGCACUCAUUGUUAUGAUGGCCUGGAGUAUCACUUAUCACAGCUGGCUGACAUUUGUGCUGCUGAUCUGGGCUUGUGUGGUUUGGAUGUGUCGCAGUGCUCGCAGGAUUUGCCUGCUGUCCUCUCCAGCAUUUGUCUUCUAUGCAGAAGUCCUGCUGGUCAUUCAGUUUGUCUAUGGCUUAAACUUAACUGAGGAAGAGCUGCCAACCAAGAGCAGCUCAGGUUAUAACUUGGAGGAGAUUGGACUGGUCAAGUACCAACAUACCUGCCUGCACCUUACAGCAAAAAUUUUGUACACCUUGAUGUUCUGGUUGACACUGCGCCAGCAUAUCUGGGAAAAGAAGAUCGUUGAAGAAGAUGGUUCAGGGGAAGAGGAUGCACUAACAGCCAUAUUCAAGCAAGAAAGUGAAGAACACAUGGGCAGUAGAACAUCCAGUGAGAACCAGGAAAGGGAGGACAGUGAGCUCAUGAAACAGAUGGGCAACUAUGCCGUGCAGGUUUUCAGCAAGUACUGGAUCUUUGUGUGUGCUGGCAUGUUUCUUCUAGUCAGCCUGUCUGGCAAGGUGGUGAUGUACCGCAUCCUGUAUAUGGCACUCUUCCUGUUCUUCAUUAUCUGCUAUCAGCUGUCGUACACAACUUGGAGACGCAUAAUGCGAACUUUCUGGUGGGUGGUGAUAGGAUACUCCAUGUUUGUACUUAUCCUACUCUACACCUAUCAGUUCAAGAGUGUGCCACAGUUCUGGCACAACAAGACACACAUCUCAUUUGAACUUCUUGAGGAUUUGGGGAUGGAACAGUAUAGCACCGUGGAGCUGUUUCAGAAGAUGCUGGCCCCCACAACAUUUCUGGUGGUCUGUAUUCUCCAACUGCACUUCUUUCACCAUCGUUUUUUGGAGAUCACCAAGAUUGACCCAGAAGAUGAUGAAGACCUGGGACAGGAUAGUGGCAUGUCUGGCAGGAAAGUCGCAGAGGAAGAUUUAAUGGCUGUGCUACAAAGGAAAAAAUUGGAUGGAAAGAACACCAUUGGGCAACAAGUCAUACAGGACAUCUUUUACCAAAUCGGUGUUUGGUACGAGCAGAUGACCAUUCUUAUCUGGCGCAUGCUGGAGCUCCAUUUCCUCAAGGUCCUGUUUCUCACCAUGAUCCUCGUGGCUAUUAUUGAGGUGUCUGUGAUGAACUUGAUGUUCCUGGUGCUGUGGUCCCUGGCCAUCCCACUGCAGGUGAUGAGGAAGCCAGCACUCUACACUAGUAUGGUGUGGGCUGCAUUUGGUAUUCUCACCAAGAUGCUCUUCCAACUCUCCAUGGUCAAGAUGGAGCACUUUGAAACCAACUGUACUGUGCCAAUGUCCAACAUUACCUUUGGACCAACUGAACACCCUUUGAUUGGUCGACACCAGAGUGUGGACAGUGCUGAGUGGGUUGGUUAUAGGAAGAGUACCCCAGCUUUGUACAACAUCAGGGAUUACUUGGUGGUGGUCUUGUUCCUAGUGCUUUUUGUUACCAUAGAGAGACAUCAGAAGCACAUACGGUUGGCCAAGGGCCUACCCCCAGAGGACCCCUUACCUGGGAUCAUAUUUCCCAGCGUCAAAAGAGUGAAUGCUGAUGAGGGCUUGUUCAUGUGCCUGAAAUACUUCACUAACUUCUUCUUCUACAAAUUUGGACUAGAGAUGUGUUACAUGAUGGCAGUUUUCAACAUCUGGCUAAGGUUGGAUUUCAUCGCUGUGUUGCAUGGGAUCUGGCUGGGAAUCAUCCUGUUGUAUCCAAAGGAUAGAAAGGACAAUCUACGCAUCUGGCCAUACUAUGCUGUGUCACUCUCCAGCAUUAUGAUAGUGGAGUACCUGCUGUGCAUGGGCCUGCCACCAGGGCUCUGUGUUGUGUACCCUUGGUACAACCGUGGCAUGCCAGACAACCUGGUGAGGUGGAUGUUUCUGCCUGAUUAUAAUCUCAGACCAAACUCCUGGCUCCUAUUAGCGGACUUCUUCCAGCUGCUGUUUGUGUCUAUCCAAUGGCAAGUCUUCUUGGUGGAGGGGAACCCUUCUACAAUAGAAGUGGGAGGGGACAAUCAGGACAUUCAUGAUGACAUUGAGGCUAUGAUGACAAACCCUGUUCCAGACUUCACUGUUGCCAAGUCAUAUUUGGACAUGAUAAAGCAAUUUGUGUUUGGAUACUUAUUCUGGGUAACUCUGGCCAUCGUAUUCAUCACUGGGACCACACGCAUCAGUUUGUUCUGUUUGGGCUACCUGGUCGGCUGCUUUUAUUUCCUACUGCAUGGUCAAGAAUUCCUCAUGAGCCCCACCAAUGUCAUUCUGAAGAGAUGGCACAAAUUGAUUGCCUAUAACUUUGCUGUCAUCUUCAUCAAAGGGUUUCUGCAGGUUGCAGCCUGCGCUUAUCUUAAGACUUUAAAGGAGAAGAGCUGCUUCUUUGUUCAGCUCCUCAGUCUGGUAUGCAUGAUUCCAGGGUAUGAUGUAGAGGUGGACUAUAAUCCCCUACUGGAGACAUGUCAGUUGCCCAUGGGAGAAGCAGGAUUGGCCUGGGACGUGUUCUGCUUUGGCUUUCUCCUCUUACAAAAGAGAUGCCUCAGUAGCUACUACUUCCUUCAUGUCCAAGCAGACCUACAGGCACAAUCAGCCCUGGCCUCAAGAGGUGCAGAGCUAAUUCGUCAGAACCUUAUUGAGGAAGUGAAGGCUAGAGAAGAAGAGGAAAAGAAGAUCUUAGUUAGCAUUAAAAAAUCCAUGGAGAGAAUACGUGCCAAACAGGCAAAGUUUUUGAAAAAAACAGAGAAGGAGAAGGACCACUUUCAAAGUGGCGACAAAGAAAGUGAUGAGGAGCAGGGUGGGGAGUGGCAGAAGAAACGAGAUAAGGAGUACCCCUGGCUGACGAACCGUGGGGAUGACACUGGUUCAGAAGCAAUCAGAGGAGGGGAUUACUACCUGUUCGAGUCGGACAGUGAUGAAUCUGAUGAGGAGGAGCUAGAGGAGGUAGAGACCAAGGACAAGACUAAGGAGGAUCAGAAGGCAGGGCCUCUCCAGAUCCUUCAUGCAGCAGUCAUUGAGAGUCAACUAAAGGCUAAGAGGAGGGAGGCAAGGAAGAAGAAGCUGUCACGAUUCUUUAAACUGCGGCGAAUGGGCAUGAAGAGGACAGCAUCAGUGGAAGAUCUGACAGAAGAGGAGCUGAAAGAGGAGAGAGAAGAGCAAAAAGAAACCUUAUUGGACAAACUCAAACUGUACCUAAGAAUCUUCUGGCUGGUCUUGGUGGCUACAAUCGACCUGAUAAUUGACUGGCUGAACAGCUUCUCCCACCACUACCGCCACAUUGCAGUCACCCUGCAAAAAGAGAGGAGAUUCCUUGCCAAACAGGCAAGAAUGCAACGGGGAACAACUGUUGCUGCCUCACUCCUUCAGGCCUUGAACCCAGCUGUGUGCCCUGGGGGAGCUGCACUGGUUGGCCUUAUGCCACUGGCUUUUAAGGCAACAACAGAAACAUGGGACCAAGAAGAGAAGCAGGACAUGUCAGGGGCUGGCAGCAUUUCAGAGGAGAACCUGUCUCAAUCCAAGGGUCAUCAGAGCCCUGCAGACCUGGAGGAUAUAUUCAUAGAGGAUGAAACACCUGCCGUGGAUGUUACAACUGAAUUGCCUGCAACGAGCAGUACAGAUAUUCCAGGUGUCAGUAAAGACCAGUCAGAUGGUACAGCUGUCACAGGUGUCAGUAAAGACCAGUCAGAUGGUACAGCUGUCACAGAUGCCAGUAAAGAACAGCCAGAUGGUGCCAAGGCAUCACCUGAAGGUGGAAUGGCAUUGGAAGGUGAAAGUGGCUGUUUAUCAUACAUAAUGUCAGAAGGGAGUCCUGAAGCCUUGACAAAAGAGGAACAUGAGAAGACAGCUGAUGAAGACAUACAAAGCCCAGACCAAGAUGCAGAAGAGAAGGACAGUGUUCUGUCUGAUAUGUCUGAUGGUCCAUUUAAAGGAGUGGAUGACAUCCCACCAGCAUCAGCCUCCGUGGAGGACAUGGUAGAUGUCUACCAGGGCUAUGAAACUGCUAUCAAAGUGGCUGGAAGAAAAACUGAAGAUGGGGAUGAUGUAAUUAGUGACACUGAUGGUGGUGGACCUGUCAUGGACAUACCCCAGAUAUUGAUCAUUCAACCAGGGGGGAUACCGAGACGACCGACACCCCCUCCAUCUCGUCCUGUCCCCUUACCCCCUCCUGACCCACAGGAGAUGGAUGUCAGUGAUGGGAAGUCCUUCCAACAGGAAGUCUGCAUGGUGCAGAUACCACUUACACCAGAAAGUGAGGAAGAUGAAUAUGAGAGGGAGAUCAGAGAAGCAGACCAUUUCAGCAAGAAGCAGCCCCGUCUUCUGAAACUCUGCUUUGCCAUUUGGUAUGCUGCUAUAUCUCGAUCAGAGAUGCUGUGUUACUUCCUGAUCAUCAUGAGUACGAUUAAGUCAGCCAGCCUGCUGGCCAUGCCACUGCCCAUGCUGGUGUUCCUGUGGGCUAUGUUGUCUGUCCCGAGGCCCAGCAAGCGGUUCUGGAUGACUACAAUUAUCUAUAGUGAGGUGAUGAUUGUUAUCAAGUACUUGUUCCAGUUUGACUUCUUCCCGUGGAACAACAAAGUCCUAGAGAUCAACGAUGACCCAUUCUGGCCCCCCCGCAUCCUGGGCAUUGAGAAAAAGGAUUCAUUUGUUGUAGUGGACCUGGCACUGCUUCUUGCACUUUUCUUCCAUCGAUCCAUUCUGAAGGCACAUGGCCUCUGGAAGGAUACAGAGUUUGAUGAUGAAAUGGAGAUGGAGGAGGACAGGGACAACCUAGAGGAGAAGCUAGAGCUGCAAAAUGACCAACCAGAAAAGAAGGAACCUGAUAUAGACAAGGCUGAAUUGGUCAUACUACCAAGCGAGGAGGAGGAUAGUGGCAAACCUGGCUCCAAAGGUAUGGACUCUUCAGGGGAGACCAUCUCUACAGAAGGUAAGAAGGAUGGCUCUGAUGCUUUCUCAGCACCGCCAGACUAUGAAGAGACACAGAGAGAAGACUUUUCUGUCAGGCCUGUUGACAUACUGUCUUCUGAGUUGGUCCCAAAGACUCCCACCAUGGAUGGUAGGGCAGCAGAGUCUACAACAGUAACUACUGAAACUACUGAAUGUGGCACAGGAUGUGAGAAAGGUGACAAGGAUGCAGAUAAGUCACCCCCAGACCUGACUGAGACAUCAUCGUUUGUUAUUACCAGAAAAGCCUCUGUGGAGAGUUUCACUGAUGACAAAGGUAACAAUAAUGAAGAACGAGAUGAGGAGAGUCAACGAGAGCAGAAUAAGAGGAAAAUAAAGCUUGUCACUCGAGAGCAGAUAAUAGAGCUCACAGAAAAGACAAAAAAGUUCUUCAACCCGGUCUUUCUGUUCUACUAUCGGCUACUUCAUCCCAAGUACAGUGCAGUGACCGAUGUAUAUGUGCUGAUUUUCCUGUGUGACUUCAUAAACUUUAUCAUCGUGAUCUUUGGAUACUGGGCAUUUGGGAAACAUUCUGCUGGAGCAGACGUGAUGUCAUCCAUCUCUGAGAAUCAGGUACCUCUGCCCUUUUUGGUGAUGCUCCUGAUCCAGUUUGCCAUGAUUGUGGUGGACAGGGCCCUCUACCUCAGGAAAAAUGUACCAGGAAAAUUCAUCUUUCAGAUUGUCCUUGUCAUUGGUGUACACCUUUGGAUGUUCUUUGUUCUCCCUGGUUUCACGGACAGGCCCUUUGUGGAGAAUUCCCCAGCUCAGCUGUGGUACUUUACCAAGUGUGUUUACUUCGGACUAUCUGCUUACCAGAUCCGCUCUGGGUACCCCACCAGAAUUCUAGGAAACUUUCUUACCAAAAAGUACAACUACAUUAACCUUUUGCUGUUCCAAGGUUUCCAAGUAGUUCCAUUUUUAGUGGAAUUACGGUAUGUGAUGGACUGGGUGUGGACGGACACAACACUGGGGCUGUCCAGCUGGCUACAGAUGGAGGACAUCUAUGCAAACAUCUUCUGUCUGAAAUGCAUGAGAGAGGCUGAAAAGAGAUAUCCCAUUCCAAGGGGCGUUAAAAAGAAAGCCAUGGUGAAGUAUGGCGCUGGUGGACUGCUUGUGUUUUUACUGAUUAUCAUCAUCUGGUUCCCCCUGCUCUUCAUGUCACUUGUCAACACAGCAGGGCUGCCCAACCACCCGAUAGAUGCCACUAUUGAAAUCGCGAUGGGAGGAUAUCAGCCUCUUUUCAAAAUGAGUGCACAGCAACAAUACCUUCGUGGAGUGGAUCAGGAAGAAUAUGACAACAUGUUCCGGCGGUUCCUCAUCGACCCUCCUUCACAUCUCCAGAAUGCGAUGACGUUCUUGUCGCGAUAUGAAGCGGUGGACAUUGUGAAAGUCAAGAUCGAUGGGAACUCUCGAUCCAUUUGGGGUAUCAGCCCUCCCAGCCGACAUGCAAUGCUGAACGAUCUUCUGUCGGACAACCCCAUAACUGUUCGCGUGGAGUGGCAGUUUACACGGGAUCCAACAACAGGGUCUUCAGAGUUUGCUGGCGAUGAGUACUCCUUCCAGAUUCUACAAGGUGACCCUCAACGAUUAAAACUGGCAGCAAUGCUGAAUGGAACUCUACAAGAGCCAGUGGAAAUCUACAACCUGUUUCCAAAGUAUGUGAAGGUACCAGGUGUGAAGGGUGUGGCCCGACCGGCCAAUGAGCUGAUGACAGCACCGGGGAAUCGCCUGGACUUCAGUAACGUGACGGUGCGACUGAACCACAGCCGUGUGACAGAGGAGCUUGAGGGCGAGGUGGAGUGGUGGACAGUACAGGAGCUGGUGGGGGUGGGGCCUGACAGGAGAAGUAUGCCCUAUAUGGAGAUGAUCACCUUUAAUGACAAAGUCAGCCCACCAGAAUUCUCCUUCUUAGCUGGAUAUGGCAUUGUAGGCCUGUACCUGUCCCUGGUGCUGGUUGUGGGCAAGUUUGUGCGGAUGUUUGUGAGUGGAAUAUCCUACCGAAUCAUGUUCACAGAAAUGCCCAAUGUGGACCGCAUUCUGAAGCUUUGCCUGGACAUAUUUCUCGUUCGGGAGACUGGAGAGUUGUCUUUGGAAGAAGACCUGUUUUCCAAACUAAUCUUCUUGUACCGAUCCCCAGAAACUAUGAUCAAAUGGUCCAAAGAGAAGACAAGCUAAGCUGUAAGAGUAGUCACUACUCCCUGUAUAGUGAGUGUUGUGUGGUGAAGUGAUGUCAAAUUGUCAUGGGAGGAAGUUUGAUAACUUAAAGGAAAUCGGAUUAAAUGAAUUCUAUAUAAUAUUACCAUAUGAUGUGUAAGCAGGGAAUCUUAGGAAAUUAUAAACAUAGAGUAACCAGUCCAAGGUACCUGACAGGCGUGUUGAAGUGCUUAUUGCAAUGAUGAGAAUUGCUUGAACAAAUUAGCAGCAAGGAAGAAAGUAUGCACUUCAUCUUCAUUACAACAUGCAAAGGGGGUGGGGGGAUGCAGGGGGGAUGUAAAUAAAAAGGAUAUAUUGUAGUUUAAUACAUGGCAUGGUAUUGGCAGGUUGAGACAUUUGACGAUUUAAAAGUUAAAUUAUGUGUAAUAUACUCUUCUAGAUCAUACAUGUAUUUUGCUGUGAAGGCAAAAUGAGUUUUUAGUUAUAAGAUACUAUAAUGUUAUAUCUGAUUGCAAAACUUCAAAUUCUCCUGAAUAUAUUAGUUAUGCAUACAGGCAAAUAUUUUUUGCAAUAUUUUUUAAAUCUCUAUGUUUUUAAAUUAUUUGACGUGAGCAGUCAUGUAUCAGGUAUUGUAGGUAGCUUAGUGUACGGGAAAAUUAUCUUCGUAACAUUGUUUAAGUAAAAUAGGUUUACAAUCAACCUAUCAGUUGCAUGAACAGUAAGUGGCAUAAUAGGUAUGAUGUGAAAAGUUGUCCAAGUGUUGUUAGUUGAGUGAGGAGGCAAUUACAGAUACAUGUAUGCAUUUGUGAUGUCUAUAAGUUGAAGAAAAUGUGCAUGACUGUGCAAUAUUGAUACGGCAAACAUAAGACUGCAAAAGGCAUUUUUCUGUUGGUACUAGAAGCCCAUUUGAGAACCAUGUAGCUACUUAGGUAUCAUUACGCUAUAGUGUUUUAUCUUCUUGCCUGGUAUAUUUUAAAAAAUUCCAUAGAACAGUGAAGAAAUGUUUUGUUUGUUGUUGACAGAUUUGUACCUUACAACUUGAAGUCUGAUUGCCAAAGAAACUGUCCAGAUGUUGUAUUCAGCAUGGAUUCCAAAUGAUGCAUUUUACAAUGAAUAAAGUCAUUCUGCAGAGUCUCUUUUUUUGUCUUUCCAAAGCAAUGUUGCUGUGUGUACAGGCAAUUUGAUUUCUCAAUUACUGCUCUGGGAAAAAUUGGGAGAAGAAAAAACAAAUUGUAUGAUAUAUAAAGUACAUGUGGCAGAGAUGUACCAACUUCCGAAGAGAGCAAAGUCCAAAAGCGUUGCAAGUUAGGGCGCACUGUUUAACACAGCUCAAAAUCAGAAUUUACUCACGAUAACGUCCUCAGUGUUUGCCAGUUGUAAUGCGAAGGGUGAAGGGUCCAUGAACAGUAAGAAUGCCUUCCUUAUUCAAGUAUGGUCUCUAGAUGAAUGUGUUAAAAAUUUAUUGAUCAAAACUUGACCACUCUUUGGCAACUAGUGGUGGAGCGCCGUGAGUUCGAGCGCGUAAAAAAGCGGGCAUCUUAGGGCAGCCCCCAUUAUAAUAUUAAAGUAACGACCAUUACUUUAUCAUGUCACGUUCAUCGAUUUAGUUGACGCAAGGACAGGCACCUUAUCCAACACUGAUAACCAUAAUUAUUUCACGGACUGACAGAGGCUUGUAUGUACUAUGUUUUACAAGUUUUACCCCCGGUUAAAACAGGAACGAAAGAUGCUUUCACUACCAUUUUCCAAAAAUGAAAUAAGCUGGAUAUAUCUUUACAGUCCCAAACAAGAAGGUCAUUUGGUUCCAUGGAGACUUGUCAGGAAGCAGCCUAUUCGCUUAAGUACUAAGUAUGAUUUAAGUUUUUGUCCAACAAUUAACGUUGCUGCCCCAGCCUUUAAAACAUAAAAACAUUGCAAAGUUGCUUGUUGAAUAAAGUGAAGUCUGGCAAAGAAAAGAAUCCAUAAUCCUUUCCAAUUAUUACAAUUAAGAAUAUUGACAAAUGCAAAUUAAUGAGGGCAAAAUAUUCUGUAUUGUUUCUUGAUAGUGGCGGCAUUAAACACAUCAUUUCCACAAAUAUCAUCUAUGUUGGCAUCAUACAUUAGCAUCAACCCAAUCUUGUUGUGAGCAGUCAACUUGGCCGUCACUACAGCCUUCUAUGGACAAAUGAACCGUUGACGAAAACUUCCAGUUUGAACAUUAUAGACUAGCGACAAUUACUAAUCUGAAACAGACACAUUGGACCUACUACAAUCAUGUGUAAGGUUUUUGAAGGUUUUAUGAAUGACCUGAAA